AUGUCUGACCAGGAGGAAGAAGCUGAUUCUCAGAAUGCUGUUGACUCAUCAAAAGAAAGAGAGGAUGCUUUGGUGUCUAUCAAUAUUCCAGUUCCCUCGGAAGAGGUUCCCGAGUCAGAUCAAACUGAAGACUAUGAAUCUGAACUAGAUCCAUCUAGUGGAGGCCGUGAAAAACGCACUGAAGAGCUGAGUGACCAGAGCGUUUCAAGCCUGGAACCGAACGAUGUCGAGCAACACAUGGACGACGUUAUGAUGGCUGAACGAGCUGAAGAUGGUGGAGGCUCUCUAACGAAAUCUGGGAGCGCAGUGCAGUCAGCCAGACCAUAUUCAAAAGCGUCUCUGACAUUUUUGGAAAAAGUGAAGGCUAUGAAGGAAUCUCUGAGAAUAACAACAAAAGAUUCUUUAGCAACAGUAAAAGUCAUACUUCUUCCUGUGGGCCAGGAAAUUGUAAUUCCCUUUAAAGUUGACACUGUUCUAAGAUGCCUGAAGGAUCAUUUUUCAUCCCUGUUAGGUGUCCCAGCUUUUGUCCUGCAGAUAAGAUGUGCAGGAACAGUUCUUAAAAAUCAUGAGACGCUACUACAACAUGGAAUUAAGCCCCAGGAUGUUGUGCAAGUGGAAAUGUUUUCUUUACAGCAAGAUCUAUACCCAGUCAGAAGAAUAGCUAGAUCAGCUGCAGCCUCUCAGAUCAUAACUGUCAGAGUACAAACUGGCAUUGAUCAGUACCAGGAAGUAGCUGUUGAGAUGAUAAAAUCUGAUUUUCACAAACCAUUUCUUGGUGGAUUCAGACAUAAAAUAACAGGAAUAGAAUAUCACAAUGCUGGAACACAAACUGUACCUAAAAAGAUUCCUGAAAAACUGAAUGCAUUUUGUAGGGAUACGCAGACAGUUUUUCAGAAAGGAAAGCUCCAGCAAACUACAAAUACAACGUCCACACAGAUGACUAAAAUUGGUGUGUAUGUAUCAAAUAUUACUGAUAAACUGGUAAAACCAGGAAAAUAUUUUUCAGCAGCAGAAUACCAUGCCAAGAGAUUACAGGCGAUAAUUGUGAUACAGACUUACUACAGACGAUGGCAUGCUAAAGUUGUGGUAGAGGAUUUAAGAAGACAGAAAAUGUUCCGGUUGCAAUGGGAAGCAGAGGAAGAACACAGGAAGAUAAGAGAAAAAGAAGAGUGGAUGAAACUGGAUUAUUACCGGAGGCAUAAUCCUCAAACAAAGAAAGAGUUUGAACUUCUUUAUAAUGCACUAGAACUCUGGCGGCAAGAAGAACUCACACGCAUUAACCAGUCUUUCACUGGAGCUGAAAGGAAAGCUGCUUUGUGUGAACUUCUGGAAAAAGAGACGCAGAUAAUUGCUUCCAUUGGGAGACAUAGAUAUAUCACUUACACAGAGAACCAGGAAGCAGAGAUACAAAGUUUUUUGGAUAAGUGUUCAGCUCCAAAGACAUGGAGAAGAUUUGAUGGCAAAAUAAUUGAGUUGGAUACACAAUUUACCAUCAGAGCCAGAGAGCUGCAAAACAUCUAUAACUGCAUCAUGCUGAAGAAUGUCUCUCAAGAUGAGAGGCUGGAUGUACUCUUAACGCUUAAACAUACAGUAAAGGAACAUGAAUGUAAACUGACUCAGGAAAUCCUAGAAUUGAUUGACAGGGAGGUUGACCUUAUGAUGAGAGGAGUCAAACAUCAGAAUCUGGAAGGACUCAGAAAAAGGAUCGCAACACUCUUUUUUCAUUACAUAAAAACACCUCUGUUUAAUCCAGAAGUUGCAAGACACCUUAAGGUCCCUCAGGACCCAUUGAAGUUCUAUAAGAAAAUUUACUUUUGCCACAGUUGCCAGCUCUAUUUGCCUUCUGCAGAGUUUCCUAUAUCAUCCACCUCACACCGCAUUUACCAAUGCCGUCAGUGCAUUAACCUUGAAAAUGAGAGUCGAAAACGAGAAUCAUAUUUAAAGUACAAAUGUUUACUUCAACGGCUCUACUGUUCAGAAGCUGAUUAUGAAGAUGAUUCUGAAAUUGCUUUUCUGAUACAGCUACAAGAUAUUCAGUACCUGACAGAGAACAUCUGGGCAUCCCAGUCUGUGCUCAGUGCUUGGAAGGAUCUCAAUGAUCUGGUCAUGGUCAGAUGGGAUAAGUCUGUGGAAUGGUCUCCCUGGAACUGCAUUCUUCUUACCAAAGAUGAAGGCGCUAUUCAUCUCAAGCUAAAGAGUAUUGAAGAGGGAUAUGAACCCUUGUUUAUUCACAAGAUCAAACACAAACACUUCCUGGCUAAGAACUAUUUUUCUCAAAUUCCGCUACUGGCUUCAUUUUUACUUGAUGAUGGUGAAGUAGAGGAAAUCAGAAAGAAGCAUCAGUCAGAACCAACAACUAAGAUUUUAGAAGUCCAGAGGCCUGGUCCUUAG